UAAGUUCUACUUUUGUAUAUAUUUAACCCCCUCAUUUCCAUUCCUUAGCCUUGUAAACUUACACCUUCCUUCCCCUUUUGCUCUCUUUCUUAAUUUUCUUGCUUGGCAGAUGUCUCCAAUUGAUGUAAAAUCUCCAAAACAUUGUGAAGAAAAAGGGUUCAACGUAGAAAAACUACUCCCAAAAAAGAAGUUAUUCUUUACCUUCUCUACAAUUUCCCUCUCUAUUCUAUCAUUUAUCUUUCUUCUUUACCUCACACUCCACCCUACAAAACCAAAUUUUACCCUACGAGAAGCUGAUAUUUAUCAACUCAAUCUCUCAGGUCCACGCCAACUUCUCAACUCCUCCAUUCAACUCACACUCGUAUCGAAGAAUCCGAAUAAGAAAGUUGGAAUUUACUACGAUGAAUUGCAAGUGUAUGCUUCUUAUAAAGGACAACAAAUUACUCUCUAUACUUCUCUUCCUCCAUUUUAUCAAGGCCAUGAAGAUAGUAACUUUUUGUCUGCUUUGUUGAUUGGGAAUGGAUUGCCAGUUGAUCCUUAUUUUGGUUAUGAGGUGCAACGUGACCAAAGUGUUGGAAAAUUGAUAAUGGAUUUGAAAGGAAGUGGCAGGUUAAGAUGGAAAGUUGGGACUUGGGUUUCUGGGAAGUAUAGGUUUAAUGUAGAUUGUGUUGCUGUUAUGCCUUUUGGACCUUCGUUGCCAUCUGGUCCUCUUAGUUUUAGACAAGGAGCUCAAUGUUCUACUACUCUUUGAAGUGAAGUUAAAUAUUAUUACUACGAGGAAUAAGACCUUCCUCAAAUAGGGAGUGUAUUUUUUUCUUCUUUUACUUUCAUAUUUUGAUAGGUUAUUGUAAAUUAUCUUUUGAUAAAUGGCAUUUUAGUACGCUAAGCUCCGGGUAUGUGUAGCAUUUUGUGAAGAACCAAAUCAAUCAGGUUGGAUUUCUA